AUGAAUCAAAUAAGAACCGACUCACAUCGCAGGAUCCACCAUCAACGCAAUCACCUAUACACAUACCAAAUCCCACUUUCUAAUGAUUGUGUUCUUUUCUUCAACUUUUGCAGAGGUAGCAUUAGGGAUCCAAUUGGAUACUUGCUGCUUCAUACAGAUAGAACUUCUAGGGAUGGUAUUGUCGGGUGGGAAGGUCCUUCUUUUCUCCUAAUAUUGGGAAAGUGCAGCAGCUGGGAGAAGGCCUGGAGUCGUGGUGUGGAUUCUACCAGAGUAUUCGGCCUACUCAAAUGGGAUUGUCAUAUGGCUUCAGCGGCUUUUAUUGAGGCUCUCGCGGCAAUAGAUUUCGUAGGCCGGCUUCUUGGCAAAGGUAUGCUAUCCAGACCGCUCUCUGAUUCUGACCAUGUCAAGAUUAAAAGGGCUCUUAGAGGAGUCAAAUUUGAAGUCACUCACAGAGGGAGUGUAGGAAGAAAAUAUCGAGUUUUUGGAUUAACGUCGCAGCCCACAAGAGAAUUAGUAUUCCCAGUUGAUGACAAUGCAAAGAUGAAGUCUGUUGUUAAAUACUUUCAAGAAAUGUAUGGAUUCACUAUUCGGCUAACUCAUCUCCCUUGCCUUCAAGUAGGAAACCAAAAGAAGGCCAACUAUCUACCAAUGGAGGCAUGUAAAAUAGUUGAAGGGCGACGAUAUACAAAAAGGUUAAAUGAGAAACAGAUUACUACUUUAUUGAAAGUUACCUGCCAGAGACCCAAGGAUCGUGAAAAUGAUAUAUUGCAGGGGUUUCCUUUCUACUCAACAUCCAAUUAG